GUCAUUCAGGCAAUACAAAGUUCUCAAAGUUCGAAUUUCGAUAUUUGAAUUCGAAUAAUGGCGGCUAAUUUGUUUGUAACUUCUGUAUUAUUACAUUAAUCAAUCGCUGUAUCGAUCAAACAAACUCGUAACAUUUUACGAAUCGUUUAUUAUAGAAUAUUAUUUUUUAUUACUUGCUGGUACAAGUGUUCUACAUUAUGGGAGAACAAAUAAAAGUUCCUGGUUAUAUGGCUCAGCUGUUGGAGGAACUAGGCUGGAAUCAAGGAACAAAAAUUCCUCUAGCAAAUCCAAAUAAUCAAAAUUUAGAGACUUUGUUAAUUACCAAGCAAAAUGAAAUACAAAAGCUGAAAGAGUCUCUUAUUCUACAGAACCAAAAACGUGAAGAUUUAUCUAAAUAUAAAGAUUAUAUUCAUUCUGAAUAUCAAGAAAAUAGUAGACUCCUGUUUGCACAUAAGCAGCAGCUGGAACAAGAAGUCAAGUUAAAACAGCUGUCUUGUAAUGAAGCUGAUCGUCUCGACAGGGAUGUUGUAGACAACAAUAAACAGAGCAAGGAUAUAAAUGGGCGUAUUGAUCGACUGCAAAUCAAUAUUGCAAGACUUUUGAAGAAAGCAGACUCUCUCAAAAGUGAGGUAUGUGGGGAGCGUGGAGCCCUACAAGAGUGGCGUGCAGCUCUUGAAAGAAAUGCUGGAGACAUUACAGCUAUAGAGCAGUUUACUAAGCAAGACCUUUCUAAAGCUAAGGCGUUGGAAACAAAGAGACAAAAACUAAAAGUGGAACAUGAUCGCGUACACGAUAGACUCAGUCAACUGGUUUCCAACCUCAAUGCAGAAGAAAGAGCGUGUGAGAGAAUAUCUUUGCAGGUGAUGGAGGGAAUGGAACAAAGGAAGCAGAUGAUGACGAUGUGGGCAAAUGCCGUUGAGAAUUUGAGGCAGCGUGACACAGACAUCAGACAUAUUAGAGAGGACUAUGAUGUCUUGGAGGCAGAAGCUAACAACAUUGCGGAGCAAUGUCGGGAACAACAAACAUUUUGCGACCAGCAGCGUGGUAACAAUGCGGACGCUGAUCGCGACAACAUGUCGCUCGCACAACAACUCAGCAAUGUCAGGAUGGCCUUCCAACGGAUCACUGAUUACAAUAUGACUUUGGACAGUGAUGUGCAUUGUUUACAACGAGAGCUAAGUAACAUGCGCGGCACAUCAGAGAAGCUUCACAUGGAAAACCGGCAAAUAAUGGAUGAUCAACAUCGUAAAGAUAUCUUACUGCAAGCAAUUGUUAACAAGAUACGAGAUCUAAAAGAGAAAUUAACAGAUUCACUGGACAGGUCUAAGUCGUCCGAAAAAAGAGCCAAGGAACUAGAGGAUAUGUUGAAUGAAGAGGAGCGUUAUGCCAGUCAAAUGACAGUGAACCAACAGCGCGCAAUGCAUUGCUCGUUUGUUGAACAACAGAAAUUACUGUCUCUUAAGAAUGAAGAGAAACUAUUCCAUAUGCAACUUAAAGCUUCGAAGGCUACAAUGAGCAAAUUGGACACGAAGCAGCGCGACGUGCAAAGAAAUUUGCAGAGUCAAAAGGAGUCUUUAUAUGCCGUUUGUUAUCAAGUGGAGACUAUUGGAUCUCGCGUAUCUCAUAUGGAAGGUGCACAAGCGGAACGUGAAUGCUCCGCGGAGUUGGUAGACAGGGAGAACAGGUUGAAGGGCGUGUGCGCCCGGCAUGCGGCACGCGUGGCAUUGCUCGAGCGACAUUCGGCGCGGCUGUUGGAUGACAUGCGGCGGCUCGCACGUGACCUGGAGACCAAGAGUGCCUACCACGACAAGUUGCGAAGUCGUCUGAAGUCGUCGAUGCUGAAUGUGGAAGGUGGUGAUAAAGAUUUGCGUGCAUCUCGCGACGCAUGGCGGCGGUCUCGUGUCGAGGAAGCGCUUAUGAGACUACGGGUCGCACAGGCGGAACGCGCACUCGCUGGUCUCGACGAUGCCGCCUAUACUAUUGACAAACAGCGAUUGCAACUUGAUGCGGCAAUGAACGAGCGGCUAGUAGAAAUAUCAGCGCGCCGAGACAUGUUCAAUAUACAGAAGCGCACCUUAGUUGAGGACUGCGGCAAGUUGCGAAGCGAAAUUAAGGAACGAGAACAACGGAUAGAACAACUUAAAAAGAGAUAUGACAUAUAUAUUGGGUCUCUCGGAAAAGACGACUGUGGACAGCAGCUAUCUGUGACCUUCUUUAAAGUCAAGUUCGCAGCUGAGCGAGCAGAGCUGCGCGCGCGAGGUGCCGCAUUGGACGUGGAGCUGGAGCGGCGAGCACGCGACCUGGCCGCGCUGGAGGCCACGCUGCGAGUGGUACACGCCGCGCACGGACGCUUCGUGCAGGCCGUCGCGCCCCUGCCCGCCCACACGCCUGAAAUAGAAGAAUUGAACGGCCUGACGAAACAAUACUACGAAAUGCGGGACGAGCUUAAAGAAUUAAAUACGGAGAUCGCUGCGCUGGAGCAGGCGAUCAGCGAUUCAAACUCCCGCCUUACGAUGCUUUCAGACAAGUGCAAGCAACUCACCGCAAGAGAAGCCGAGACUGAAAAUGAAUUGGAGAGCGCAAGGGAGCGCAUGACGAGACAGGAAAUUCGGCUGCAGAAUGCACGAGAGGUUGUCAGGCACAACGCUAGGAGGGCGCAGAAACUCGUUGAGGGAGUCGACGACUGGCGGAUUUUCCAAAUGGCACUACGGGUGCGCGACUAUGCAGAAGCUGCGCAGACAGCGAUGCAAUCGCUGGGCGAGCUGUGCUCGGCAACUGACCAGCAGUACUCGCGCUUUGCAGCGCUACUCGCCUCCACUGACUUGCAGCGACACCUAUCGCCACACCAGCGACGUCUGAACAUAUUUAUACAACGAGUUUUAACAGACACUGCAUCGAGCCAGCACAAAGAGGCCGGAGGAGUUGAAUUGGAUGAUUCUGUUUUUUCCUCAUCAAGUGAGUCGACGAAGAGCGGCAUAAGUAUUGCUAGUGGGUAUACGAAGAGAAUAUCAGCAUUCCGGAGAAGCCUCGCUCCUAAAGUACAAGAAAGCGCUCUGAUUGAUGACAUCCAUGAACAAGCUCGCAGAUCGACGGUAUCGCUUCGUGUAGUAACCCUCGGGAUGGAAGACUCAUUUUCGAUGGGAUCUGGUACUAGUAACAAAUCGCGCAAGUCUACGCGAUGAUAACUCGAGGAAACCUCUCGCUUCGACAUUUUGAACAAUGACGUAAUAAAAUUAUUUUGUUCAUCUAUGUAUAGGAUAGUGUACAAGAGAUUGAGAACGCAUGUUUUUGUAAACAUAAUUAAUGUUUGAAUAGACAACAUGGUAUUUAAAAAUGUACUAUAAACUUUUUAAAGGAUUUGUAUAACAUAUACAUUAAAUUUUCUACCUAUCUAAAGAAUUUAAUUGAAUCUGAUUUAAACAAAAUUAUUUAUGGAACAAACUGAACAAAAUAAAAAGUGCAAAGGUCAUCGUAGGAGUCAGUGCAAUGUCGUCUGCGUUCUGUCUUAUCUACUUUGACUGCUAGCAAC